CCAGAAGCUACAUCUUCCUGUAGCGUUCAGCCUCCUCAGAAUGUGCAGGUGAAAGAGACAGACGGACCAGGUCAUGUAAUAUUUAGCAUCAACACCCCAUCUACAACCAAGUGGGCGUUCACAGUCCGUGAACCUGUCAGCAUCAGUACCGAGUUGACGUCAUACUUCAGCCUCACCAGUAACACCACCUCCACCACCUUCACCAUCAACAAGACGCUGGACCUGGAGGCGGUAUACGAGAAAUGGGGCGAAGAACUCGUGUUUGUCACGUUUUCCUUCCUAUGUACGGAAAACGGUACGCCAGUGGGGGGUUUGUUGGAGAGGUUUGUCACGGUCACACCAGUCAACGAGUUCUACCCGGAGUUCAUCAACGCCCCAUUCACCAUCAACGUGACAGAGAACACCGCUCUGAACACCAUGGUCUUUAAGCUGAAGGACCUGGCCUAUGACAGGGACGUCAACCCCAACCAGGAGGAGAUAUAUGGCUUUAAUAUCAACCCGUACUACAACUCAGAUUUGGAUGGGAGAUUCCACUUCUCUUUGACUCAGACUCAGACUGGAGAUCUGUCAGUCUCGAGAGAGCUGGACUUUGAGUCGAUGAGCACCAAGUACUAUCUUCUCAACGUAUCUGUGGAGGAUAUCGGAAAACGCACCUCCUAUACCGUGAUGAGGGUGAACAUCGCAGACCAAGAUGACCAGGGGCCCGAGUUCUACACGUCGGACUGUGUCCCCGGGCUCUGUCACAUUCGCUACACUGCCAGCGUGGGGACCACCUUCACUGGAGCUAUAACUACAGUCUGCCCAGAACGAGUUGCCGCGCGGGACAAGGACACUCUAAAUGCAUCGAUAAGUUACAGCAUCGCGUCAAGUAACGCACCGGCCUACUUCUCUUACUUCACUAUCAACAACAUCAUGGGGACGGUGUCAGUGAUCCAACCCAUAGGCAAAGCUCUACUUGUGACACUAACCAUUGAAGCUACUGAGGUUACACUGCUGAGGCAUACCGAAAUGACGAGUCUCACAGUGACGUUUCGGGAUCCCACGACUCCUUGCUCGUGCAUGGCGAGAUCUGCAUGAAAGUGUUCAUCGUGUCAUAUGUAAUACACGCCUAACAAUAGAAUAAGACCUGGGCAUCAGCUUUAUCAACAAAAGUAGCACAAGUGUUUCAGAUGUUUACAAGAGAAUUAGCGACUUAUAAUUGAACUUGAAUUUUGUUAUUUGCGUGUUCGAACUUGUGACUCACAGGAUGCAUUUGACUGAUAUGUUUCAUAACUGUUCGACAGACAUGUUUGACAUGGACACCUCCUGCUAUUGACAAUACAGAGUACUAUUCAUCAAACAACUUGACAUUUAGUUCACAUCGAUUUCAUACAGAAAACUAAUAUUGUUUCAUAUGUGUCUGUAUUGACAGAGAAGACCACAUGGUGGCGCGUGAAUGUUUUCUCCACAAGACUGUUUGUGUGUUGGCUGGCAACUGACGGGAUGGUCGAUGGUGCAGAUCGCUGGUGAAUACGACCCACUGUCACAUAACAGCAGCAGGAAAUCCCCAGGCCGGACUGUUCGAGAUGUGGCGCAGCAGUUUUACCCCAGGAGCCUCAUCCCACCCGGCACCUGUAGUCAUGGAGUGAUACCGGGGUGGAAUGGCUGGAUUUUCAGAACAAUCAGGGUGGUGUAAAUUCUCCCUCGCAUGUCUGGUUCUGGGAUUGUUGAGCCUGGCGUUCGGGGUAGGAUACCCCGAGUGGAUAUUAUUCUCUACUGAUAUAACAUUUCAAGCCGGACUGUGGCAACUGUGCACGGAGGGACUGAAGAGAUGCAGUGUCUAUGCCAUUGGAGAACAAAAAUUGUGGUUCGAGGCUGUGCGGGGGAUCCAGGUCCUGUCGGGGAUCCUUUACCUCAUCACCGUGUGCGUGUUUUCCAAACAGGUGUGCUCGUCAACGUAUAUUGAUGGGAAGAGUGUCAUCAUAUUGUCAUUUUUGACAGGGUCGCUGUCGAUAGUCGGGGCAAUAGUGUACACCACACAGAUCAAGUUAAGCCUCUACACAAAGUUAUCCCUAAGUUUCUGGUUCACGCUUCUUGGAGCCGGGGCUGCUCUGUUGGCUGGCUUCUUCCUCCUCAUCAACCGCCGGGCCUACCGGGGAAGCAUCGUCACCCCCAUGCCCGCACAGAACAGGGGGAUCGUCAAGCCAGUGAACGGGGGAGUGACGGUAGUCCAACAGUCAACCGCUAUAGGAGGACCAAUGGCACCGGCAUAUUCUACCGGAUAUGACGUCACACACGGAAUGCAACCGGGUUAUCCCCCUUCGGAAGGCUAUGGACAGCGGUUUCAAGGUCAGCCUGGGGCCCCUCCACCGUACAGCGUCUCUAAUAACAACGCCUAUAUCCCGGGUCAGAUUGAGGGGGUUGGGGCGUGGCCGACAGGGAACCAGGGUCUCGUUCAGACGCUAGUCCAUGUCGCUACUACAAACCCUCCUGUUAAGUAGCACAUGUGGAGUGUUAACGUAAUGACAAAGGCGUGACCUGCUCAAAUUGACAUGUUACAUUUGAAUGCACUAUCCCCGGAAUGGGUUAAGCUUUCGUGAAUAUGAAAUAUGUAUAGGUAACCAUCGUUUUUGAAAACUAAUUAAGGAAUCAUAUUUUUAACAAAAUACGUUCAGAAACUUUCCGAAACCAUCGGCGGUUGCAAUACCUUCACACAACUGCUAAGUAAAUAAAUUGGAUUCCUGUUUUUGGAGUGUUGGAUUAGCACAUGUGUUCGUUAUGACGAAAACGCCGAUUGUGUGUAGCCCAUUGUUGCUAUCCCCUGCUGUGAUAUGGCUGAAAUAUUGCUAAAAACAAACAAACCAUAUCAGGUUUCAUCUCAAAAUUGAUGUCAAUUAUUUUUUCAAAAAAAUGUUAGAAGGAAAUAUGUUCCGUUAAUGGUGUUACGUGUACACUGUGUAAUGCAGUUUGAUUCAUUUACUUGCUUCAUGAUCCCAACGGCUAUAGAACCCUUAAACCUUCACCCACAAAUUCUGGAUUAAUAUUUUAUAUGAGCUAACUCUUUUAUGUUCAAUGAAACAACCCAAGGAGCAUGUUUCCAUGGCAAUUUAUUUAAAAUGUCCCACUCCUGAUCAAGUAAAGAAAUUGUGUUCAUCCUUCCUUGUGCUCGGCAGCCCUGGGGACGGGUUUUUUCCUCUCCAUGGACCUACAAAAUUCGUAUCGUCACCCCCCUUACCCCACAGAACCCGGGGUUAAGUAAUAAGUCAUUGCACGAGGGAAUAACGGUGCUCCAUCGGUAUGCCCCAGGCAGGGUUGAGGUCAAUGAGACACGUUAGUUUGUUGUUAAUUGUCCGUAAGUCAAGCAAUAGAAACAAGGCUCUGGUACAUUGUUACUGCUGGUUAUUUAAUGUUGUUGUGUCGUGAUGUUGUUCAAAUCAGACUUAUGCAGAGUUCAAGUUGCUGUUGUGUUGAGUGUAUAAACUAGCUUUAGUUAAGUGUUGUUUUUUGUAUCCGCUACAUUAAAAUACUAACUUAAUUUCGAA